GAUCCCUUUAAGAACGGGCUCUGUCUCUGCGGUUGGUUUUGAACGGGACGGCGGCCCUGAACUAGGAAAGGGGCAGAAGGUUUGGCCGGGGCGGGGGGAGGUGGGCCCCGGACGGAGACCGAGAGCAGGGCCGGCCGAGGGGCGGAUAAAGACCCAUCAGGAUCCACCCACAGGACUGAGGAUGGAGAGGUACCUUCCCGCUGAGGGUCUAAGUGUCGUGCAUGGAGCAAACAAAGUCAUCAAGUUUGGACUCCAUAUUGUGACCUGGAAUGUUGGAACAGCUGCUCCUCCUGAUGACGUCACCAGUUUGCUGCAUUUGGAUGUUCAUAUGCAAGAGCCGGACAUGUACAUCAUUGGUUUACAGGAACUGAAUUCGAAGCUGUCCUCAUUCCUCAUUGACAUGGCAUUUAAUGACCCCUGGACAAUCUUAUUCACAACCUCACUGGCUCCACUAGGCUACGUUAAGACAACCUCAGUCCGGAUGCAAGGUGUUCUGCUGCUGAUCUUUGUCAAGUGUUUGCACCUGCCUUAUAUCCGGAACCUGGAGACCAAUUACACCCGGACUGGCCUGUAUGGAUACUGGGGUAACAAAGGGGGUGUAGCUGUUCGCUUGUCCCUCUAUGGACACCUGAUCUGCUUCCUUAACUGUCACCUGCCUGCUCACUUGGAGAACACAAACCAGAGGCUGGACUCAUUCGGGCGGAUCCUGGACGUGCAGCAGUUCACUGGCAGGGAGGCACAGGCCAUCCUCGAUCAUGAUCUGGUCUUCUGGUUUGGGGAUCUCAACUUCCGCAUUGCUGAACACGGGCUGCAUUUCAUCCGGGAGUCCAUCACCAAGAAACGUUACCAGCUGUUGUGGGACAAGGACCAGCUGAACAGGGCUAAGAAGACUGAACCAGUCCUGAAUGGAUUCCUGGAGGGACAGCUCCUCUUCACACCCACGUACAAAUUCAACCUGAACUCUACGCUUUAUGAUACGAGUGAGAAGAAACGGAAACCGGCCUGGACAGAUCGGAUCCUUUGGAAAGUUAAAGAGUGCUCUCAGACUGAAGAGAGUGAGGCUCAAGCAUCGCACUCAAAGAAGCCCAUCAAUGUGAUUUUAAAUACCUAUGACAGCCAAAUGGAAUAUGGAAUCAGUGACCACAAGCCGGUGUUGGGAAUCUUUUGUCUGGAGUUUGAGAAGCGGAUCACUCAGGCCCUGGUGGAGUUGCAGCCUGAGGGUGAGUGGAAACCUGGGCGUGAUGCUCUCAUCUCCUACUGCAUGCUGGAUGAGUAUCCCAGCAGCACUUGGGACUGGAUUGGGCUGUACAAGAUUGGGUUCCGCAGUCACAGCGACUAUGUGACGUAUCUCUGGGUGAAGGACGAUGAGUUAAUGGUCAAUGACAACAUUUACCAGGUAUAUCUGAAUGGUGAAGAAAUUCCCAGCACAGGUGGGGAAUUUAUCCUGUGCUAUUACAGCAGCAACAUGCAGUCCAUUGUGGGAGUCAGCUGCCCCUUCCAGAUCAUGCUGGAAUGUGCCGGAAAUGCGCUGGAGGUUGCCAAUGGAAUGGACAUGUCACGUGACAGCUAAGCUCACAGUGACUUGGACACAUAUUGAGUGCCCGCUUGCUGGAUCACAUGCCUCUUCUUAUUGCCCACAGCAGCAGGAGCAGCCUCACCCCAUCUCUGCACCCACCUCCAACUUUAUUUCUGACUAUCUCGUCCUCUUGUCCUGCCCCAUGGCUUGUGCUGAGGUUGUGCCAGAGGCAAGCACAAAGAGCCAGGCUGCCAGACCACAGCAACCCUGCUCCGAAGGACUCCUGGUUCUUCGAUGUGUUGUCAUGGCGACAGCAGCGACUGGAUAUUCCAAGCCUGCGGAGCUGGGAGCUGGUGACCAGAGAUCCUCGUGCGUUCUCAUCAUCACUGUUCACCUGGGGCCACCCUUGUGUGCCAGUCUUGCUAUGCAGCUCCCCUUUCAACAUUUGAUAUUUGAGAAACAAUAGGACUUGUUGAAUCACAAUUUUUGCUUCCUCAGGAUUGCCUAAUGAAAAGAGCACAUCCUGAGCUCGGUGUGUUCAGGGGAGUGGUUACUAGUUAGUACAGCAGGUGAUGCUGCUCUUUCAAUGGCUCGUUGUGAUGGCUCUUCAUUACAACUCUCAAUGGUUAGACACGCUGAUUUUUUAAAAAAUUAAUUAUUUUAAUAUCUUCAUUGUCCUGUUACAGGAAUAUUUUUGUCCCAUAUUAAACCCAAGCUAAUUGAACCAGUUGGUUCUCUCCCUAUCCCUGUGCGUUAUCCCAAAUCUCUCAUUUGUGUUCUUUCUGUCUGUCUCCUUUGCGCUCUCCGUUAUUAUCUUCACCUAUCUCUCCCUCUCGUCUCUGCCUCUCCAUCUCUGCCUCUCCAUCUCUGCCUCUCCGUCUCUGCCUCUCCGUCUCUGUCUCUCCGUCUCUGUCUCUCCGUCUCUGUCUCUCCGUCUCCGUC